AGAGAGGGGCAAAGCUGGAAAAGCGGGAGGAGAAAAACGCGGAGUAUUAUUAAUUAAAAAAGCCCCCUCUUCUCUUCUCCUCUCGUUGCCCCGAAACGCAAGGCGUAGAACAGAACUAAACUCCCAUUUCCCACACCACCUUCUCCAUCGUCUUAUCCCCCCCUCCAUCUUCCUCUCUCUCUCUCUCUCUCUCGAAGACGAAAGUUGCAGACAUGGCCGAUCAGUUGACCGACGAUCAGAUCUCCGAGUUCAAGGAGGCCUUCAGCCUGUUCGACAAGGACGGCGACGGCUGCAUCACUACCAAAGAGCUUGGGACGGUGAUGAGGUCACUGGGGCAGAAUCCUACAGAAGCUGAGCUACAGGAUAUGAUUAAUGAGGUAGAUGCUGAUGGGAAUGGAACCAUCGACUUCCCAGAGUUUCUAAAUCUGAUGGCUAGGAAGAUGAAGGACACCGAUUCUGAAGAGGAGCUGAAAGAGGCUUUUAGAGUGUUCGACAAGGACCAGAAUGGCUUCAUCUCUGCUGCCGAGCUUCGCCAUGUGAUGACAAACCUCGGCGAGAAGCUCACCGACGAAGAAGUUGAUGAGAUGAUAAGGGAGGCCGAUGUUGAUGGCGAUGGUCAAAUCAACUACGAGGAGUUUNAUUUAUAAAUUUUUAAAUAUGUUGUCUUGUGGUUACACACCCAAACUUGACAAAAAAAAGUAUUGAUUUUUGAUGUAUUGAGCUUAAUGGAUUUCCCAGGUCUUAUAAUCCUUUUUUAAUUUGUAUGGUUUCACAUUGGAUGUUGAAUGGUUACUUCUCUCUAUUGUAAGGGUAGUUAAAUUUUAUCAGGUGUGUAUCUACUAUCUCCUUGCCAUUCUAUAUGUGUAACAGUUGAAUGCCAUUUUUGGCCUUUUAAAUUGAGGUUACAUGUUGCAUUC